CUUAUCAAACUAAUCUAUUUUUAGCAAUAAGACGUCAGCAGGUAUUUCACCACCAGUCGAAAGUGUAAACAUAUAAAAAGCCGUAUGAUCUGAUAUCUAUUACUUAUAUUGGGAAAACUUUGAGCUGCAGUAAAUCAAGACUAUGGCGUCUACCGACAAUAUUGAUAUGCAGUCACAAGAAGUAGCCAAAGUAAAAGAGAACUUUAAUGGACAAUGUCGUAUCAUCACAGAUAUUGCAGAUUUCUCUCAUGUUGUUACCCUACAACCAAAGGACCAAGAUAUUAUCUACAAAUUCCAACUGAAAAAAACAUAUCCUUCUACGAAACCUAAUAUUAUCAUAAGAUCAGGAACAAUGGAUUCAAAAGCUGUAGACGAAAUACAGAACGAACUAGAUGAAACUGCUGCUUCAGCACUCGGGUCACCAAUGGUCUUGGCCUUAGUUGAGCAUGCUAAACUGUGGUUACAGAAAAAUAACAUCAAUUUGACACCUUCUGCAAAACCUAAAUCUAAAACCAAUAAAGAAAAAUCAGUAAAUAAAAUUUCUGUGGCUAAGCAAGAUAGAAAAAAUCGAAAAGAAAAGAAAGUACAAGACGAAACAGCAGACGAAAAGAAACCAUCAAUGAAAACUUCAGACGAUGUCGUAAAACGAAUUUUAUGGGAUGGUAACUUACCAGUGGACGAAUUUGUCGUAGGUUACAUAGACAGAUUUUUGGGAAUACAAGAAAAGUACUUUACAUCUUUUAGCUGGGAAGACAUAGCAACAGUUGAUUACAAUGUACUAGCAGUUCCAAAACACAGAAUCCAGUAUUUCAAGUAUAGAGAUGUGAAAGUAUGGGACAAAAAUCUAAGAAUGGACAACGUUUUUGGUUCUACAGGAAGCAAGACUACAAUAUACGAUGUCAUAGAAAAGUAUCACAAAGACAGCGAUGUAAACAAGACCGAUGAAGUGAACAAGACAGAAGAUGAAUAUUACGAUGUCGUUGACGAGGACGAGGACAGUGACAGCGAUGACGGGAUCACUGUCACUAUAGGAAGUAACAACUAUGCUACAGGGAACGAUGAAGAUGAUUUACAUCUCGUUGAUGAAGAUGAGGAUACACAUGACAAGUAUUGGAGAAACAAACUAAGGCCAAACCAUUUUCUUGCUUUGCGUAUAACGAACAAUGAAAUAAGAAAAGUUGUAGAAGGAAUACAAGAUGUUAUUUUAGAACAUGAACCACAGUAUGAAGAAUGCUGCAUACCACUGAAUUCCUUGCACAUCACACUGUGCACAUUGGGACUUGAUACAACCGAACAAGUUGCUCACGCCUGUCAAGUUCUGAAAAAGAUCAAACCGGAACUUCAGGGAAUGAUAACGAAAGAUAAAACAAUUCUUUUUAGAGGAAUGGAAAAUUUCUUCAAUAGAGUUUUAUAUGCGAAGUGUGAAUGUCCUCAAGAAUUUUUAGAUAUGGUAGAGCAUUUAAGAUUAUGUCUUAAACAAGAAGGAAUUGAAAUUAGAGACAACCAUGAGUUUGUACCUCACAUGACAAUCAUGAAAAUUACUCGAACUGUGGCCAGGUCAACCGGUAAAAAGUAUAUAGCUCCUUGGCUUUAUUCCCAAUCACAAAAUAUAGAAUUUGGAACACAAGUUAUAGAUAAUAUUAAUUUAUGUGAAAUGGGCAUUUGUAGGGAACCUGAUGGUUUUUACAUUUCUCCUGAGAAAAUAGAAUUUUGAAUAAAUUGAAAACAUUCUAUGAAUUGUUUUAAAUUGAAUGAAUAAAUCAUUUGAUUUGUAUAAUGAUUUUUUAUGUCAAUAAAUAGUUGUACACAUUCCAAACUAAA